UCACGUCAUGGAACUGGGAAUCUUUUUCUCCCGUCAUCAUCCCCGACCAGAGCUCCUCCGGGCGGUUUCGCGUGUAGAUUGCUCGUUUUGUCCGAUGCAAUGUCGCUCCUUAACCAGCUCUUCAAUCGUGGGAUCUUCGGCGCCAAAUGCAAGACAUGCUUGAAUCUGGCGAUCUCUCGGAUUAAAUUGCUGCAGAACAAGAGGGAUAUGCAGCUCAAGCAUAUGAAGAAGGAGAUAGCUCAGUUCUUGCAGGCUGGACAAGAACCCAUAGCUCGAAUCAGGGUGGAGCAUGUUGUUAGAGAGCUGAACUUGUGGGCUGCUUAUGAGAUAUUGGAGCUUUUCUGCGAGUUUGUACUUGCCCGUGUACCGGUUCUUGAAACACAGAAGGAAUGCCCAAGAGAGUUGAGGGAAGCAAUUUCUAGCAUCAUCUUUGCUGCUCCCAGAUGCUCAGAAGUGCCAGAUCUUCUUCAAAUCAGGAACCUGUUUGGUUCAAAAUAUGGCAAAGAGUUUAUCAUGUCUGCUUCUGAGCUCCGCCCUGAUUCGGGUGUUAAUCGAACAAUCAUUGAAAAGCUUUCUCCUAGUGCUCCAUCAGGAGAGGUAAAGCUCAAGCUUCUGAAGGAAAUUGCCCAGGAGUACAAUUUGAAUUGGGAUUCUUCUGCCACCGAAGCUGAGUUCAGGAAGAGCCAUGAAGACCUUCUGGGUGGAUCGAAGGAAAUAAGCCGUAAAGCCGCUGUUACUGAAUCUCCUCUGUCUAAAAAGAACUCAUUUAAGUCAUCGACGGCUACUACUUCGAGUGAAUCGGAAAUUCUGCCUGCAGAGACAGAACAGAGACUCAGACAGCUUCAAGCUCAAACCCCGGCAGCAUCAAAUGUGAAGAUUUCCGCUUCUGAAGAUUCUGAAAGGGACCAGACGUCAAGCGAAGUUAUGAAAAUAGCUCAAGCAGCCAUUGCCAGCGCCGAACGUGCAACUGCAUCUGCUCGAGCCGCUGCUCAACUUGUGAAUCUUUCCUAUUUGCCAUUCCCAUCCAAUACAGAAGGCAAGCCAUGAACUUUUAUCACACUCUUACCCUUUUUCUAAAGAUGUAAAAGUAUAUUUGAGAUCGUAUGUAUGAUUACGAUAAGGCAAGACGAGACAAGACACUCGUAGAUUUAGAUUAUACUUGAAAUUGUGUCUGAGUGCGUGUGUGUGUGUGUGUGAGUGAGUGAGGAUAUUCUCCUGUUUUUUUAGUCAUUUUAAUAAAUAUAAUUUGUGUUAUAAAUAAAA